ACCUUGAACCCGCGUGAACGUGAAACCCACUAUUGAUCGUCUGAACAGCUGACUGGAUAAAUGAGCUGCGUGUACAGUUGUGUUUUUGGGAUCGUUUUGAAUUAUGGUGUUUCGAACACUAUUUAAUAUCGAAUAUCUGGUUUGAUUAGUGUUUGGAUGCUCAGUUAAUAAUUUAAACAAUAAGUUUAAAAAUUGGCAAAACUUGACCUAACUUUGGGAAGUGCAAAAGCUGGAACUGCAGUAAUCAGUACUGUACGCCGUUUACAUUUGCUUUGUAAACAGGUCUGGUUAUAUAAUUCGGAUUAAUUUUCGUUUUCGGAUAUUUUGAUGGAGGGAAAAUCUUUAUAAGCAAACACUUAACGCUUUAAAACUUGGUACGAACACAAUGGCAUCUAGACCACAGUCAUGUGGUAAAAUUCUCGUGCAGCUCGUGCGCUGUUACAGCAGCAAGGGCGGGAAACAUUACAAUGUGGUUAUUGCCGGCGGGGGGACGGGCGGUUGCUCCGUUGGGGCGAGGUCGUGUCGAACUUUCGGACCAGGGAAUGUGGCCAUAAUUGAACCAGCAAAGCAUCACUACUACCAGCCGAUGUGGACAUUGGUGGGUGCGGGAAUAAAGAAGAUCGACAACUCUCAGAGGUUGAUGAAGGAGGUGCUACCCCAGGGCUGUGACCACUACGUACAGCGCCUACAGGAAAUAGACCCAGAGAAAAACACUGUCAUACUGGACAAUGGGGAAAAGCUGACCUAUGACUACCUUGUCAUCGGCCUCGGGAUACAGAUCAACCUUAAUAAGGUCGAAGGCCUGAUAGAGGCUCUGAAAGUUGACCCCAACGUCUGCACAAACUAUGUCAGUGAUUAUGUGGUGAAAACGUAUCCCGCCAUACAGAAUUUCAAGGGAGGCAAUGCAAUCUUCACAUUUCCCAACACGCCCAUAAAGUGUGCAGGUGCACCACAGAAAAUCAUGUACCUGGCGGAAGAAUACUGGGCAAAGCAUGGCGUUCGUGACAAGACCAAAGUAAUGUACAACUCAGCUUUAGGUGUAAUUUUUGGAGUGAAGAAGUAUGCAGAACGGCUACUGACCGUUGUGGAAAGGAAGAACAUAAAUCUGAACCUGCGCGAGAGUCUUACCUCUGUGGAUCCUUUGAAGAAGACUGCGACCUUUGACCUUCUUGACAACAAGAAUGGAGAGAAAAAGACCUACACAUAUGACUUCCUCCAUGUGUCACCCCCCAUGUCUGCCCCAGAUGUCCUCAAGAACUCUACAGUGCCGAUCGUGGAUGCCUCAGGUUUCCUUGACGUAAAUAAGUACACCUGUCAGCACGUCAAGUUUCCCAAUAUCUUUGGCAUUGGCGAUUGUACCAACAUUCCUACAUCAAAAACUGCAGCAGCUGUUGCUACACAGAACAAAAUUGUUCAUAGAAGCAUGACAGAAGUUAUGGCAGGAAAAGCGCCUACUGGUGGUUACGAGGGUUACACUUCAUGCCCACUGAUCACAGGCUACCACAGCUGCAUACUUGCCGAGUUUGGCUUCGACGGGGUCGUUCUUGAGACAUUCCCCAUCGACCAGGGCAAGGAGAGACGCACCAUGUUCCACAUGAAGAAAGAUGUCAUGCCACAGAUCUACUGGCAAAUGCUGCUCAAAGGGUACUGGGGAGGUCCACAGCCCUACAGGAAGAUUAUGCACUUGGGAUUUGUGUAGCCAUUGCCAUGGAAACUAUAAGUAGUAUUUUUCAGUUAUUGCUAGGGAAAACCAUGUGAUAAAUGUAGAGCAUUACAUGCCAUCUUGAGAUCAUUUGUGGUGUUUUACUUUGUUCAUAGACUAUAUAUGGUAUGUUGAGGAUGAAAGAAGGAUAAAUAUAUUUGUGAAUAUUUUUAUAAGUGCUGAUACUGUUAAAUAUGAUGUAACAAAUGGUGUUAAUGUCGACAUACAUUUGCUAAAGUUAAUGAAGAUAAUUUGCUCAAUGGCUAUUGAUUUCCAUGUUUACUUUGUUGUUAUUUGAAAUUAAUACAAACACAUGUCCAUGAAACAUUAAAAUAUUUCAGCCCCAGUUGUUUUGUUGGCACAUCUGAUAAAAAGCCUUGUUUAACUUGCAUUUCAUUCUGUAAACAUGUUGUUUUUUUUUUAAAUAAUAAUUUGUAUGAUCAUGUGGUUUGCAAUAUUUGCUGUGUUUAUGCGAUUGUCUUGCAGUUACUCAUAAUUCUGUUUGUCAAAUGUUAGUUAAUCAUGUGUUGUUGCUAUGGAAACAAUAAAUGUUAUUUUCUUGACCUUUUACCGUAUACUUGCGCUUAUAAGACGCAUUUUGAGACUUAAAUUAAUAAGUUACAGUUGGGGUCUCGUCUUAUAAGCGAGACACUGGUGAAAAUAAACAAAAAAAAUCAAAAUAUCGAGUUUACUGGGCUUAUUCUAGCCAAGUUGGACACUUGUCAGUUGUUUUGAAUCAUCGCGGCAGCCAUUUGCAUUUUCUCUAAAGUCUGUAUUGGCCCGUACCGUGUAUCGGAACGCUAUGUUCAGUUACCGAUUUAUUUGUAAUAAAAUGUAUUGUUACUGAUUUUGUUGUCUAUUAUUUUUAAUUUGAAUUUUGUUAUUUUUGGGGCGUAAGACGUUAUAUUGUCCGUGAUUAUUCUUGAAAAGUUUUUAUCACCUGAUUGUCUGCGCGCGACGUCGUUAAAUGCCAUAUAAAUUGGCCAUUAUAGUAUACGUGUGUAAGCGGCAACACGAUGCCAACAUGCUUAAAACAACAGCAAAAUCAAUUCUCAGUAAACACGCUGCCGAUUACAAAUGCUAUUUGACAAGUUUGUAUCACCUGAUCGUCUUUGUUCCACGUCGUUAAUUUUCAAUUAAGACAUAAUUGGCAAUUAGGGUAUCCUCUGAAAUAAGUUACCAGUUUGCAACUGUCAAUUGUUAAAUAAACACGUUUAUUCAGACGAACCACUAAUACUGAUGACACAUUAUUUAUUAGGGGCCAACAACGACGGGAGCAAAGAGCGACCGCAUGCAAUUAUCCGCAUAUGGCUUGCUUCUUGACACGUGAUUUCGAUCUGCGCUUCGGAGUCUAUCACUCUAUCACGCGAUUGGCUAAUUUUAUGAAAGUAGGCGUUACCUAUUGUUGAUAGACAAUGGGCUUAAAAUUUGCAUAAUCUAGGUAAUAAAACUAAACGCUUUCAAAAUAUCUGCCUAUUAGAUUUCAAUACCUGUCAAACAAUACAAUUAAGAUGACUGACACGAUCAAUUUUGCUUGUGCAUUGAUAUUACGAACGUAAUAUGUUUUAUGUUUGCAAUUGUUUGCAAUUGUUAGGGCAAAUGAUUAAUACGCAGUUGUUAGAAAUUUUGUCAAUUUGAUAAUUAUUUUUAUUGCAUGAAUAAUACUUGAAAAUAAAUUAAAACCCACUAAUAUAUCAUAAAAUAAACAAAUAUUAUUUACUUUGUUGUGUGAUUGUUUUAUUUUUCAGACUUGCGUGAAUUACUAAUUGUAUGCAGCGCGAGUUUGAAAAAUUCUCAAUGUUUAAUAAUUGAUGAUUUUCUUUAACAUUCUGCCAUUUUUCGGCCAUUUUCCGGCCGAUGAAUACGGCAAAAUUUGACCGCGUCUUACACGUGGGUCAGUCUCAAAUCCACCCAUUAUAAAGUCCGAAGUCGGGGUGCGUCUUAUAAGCGAGGGCGUCUUAUAAGCGCACGUAUACGGUAACAAUAUUCGAGUAUCUUGGACAACAAGUAAUUUAUGCCUAACUACAUAACUUUGUUAAUAGAUAUAUUUGAAUAAAGAAGACAUGUUAUUUGUA